AUGGCGGAUAACGGAGAGGGCUCGUCCCUAAAUCCAGCUCGAUCUGUGCCGAUAACCUCAUCCUCAGUGCGCUCGAGAUCCCCCGCACCUGAGUUCGGUAGCAGACAGGCUUCCAUGGCACGCCUCGCAUCACCGGUGCCCUCCCCUUCAUUAGGAACAUCCUUGUCGUCUCGACAGGGUAUUCCAGCCAGCCGACCUGUCACAAACACCACCACCGAGCAGGAGUUUUCCAGAUCGAUUGGAAAUCCAGCCUCAGUUCCCGGUCCUGGUCAUUCUAUCAUUGCAUCCCAACUCCAAGAAAGCCUUGGUCGCUCGCCGCCGAGAUUUGGAACUCCGUCACGGCACAACGGAUCUCCUGCUAUGCAUUCGACUCUAGAUAACCGGCCAUUAGCCUCUCAAUAUGGCUCUUUUGAUACCAAAAAUGGAUCCGAUUCCCCGGGCGUGGCUCCGUACGAAGAUCCUGAAGUUAUCAAACGGCAUCUAGUCACGGAACAUACAGAUAAUCAGUCGGAGAUUGCGACCAGCCUUGGUGGGGAGGAUAACUUCUCAAGUCUACAGCUUCAGGGCGGUGAUAUCACACGACAAGUUUACCGUUGGGCGGAGGAUGCUGAGGCGGAAGCAGCAGGGCGAUUCUUGCGCAGUAAGAGUUUCAGCGUCAGCCGACCAAGGCCCGAGGCUGAUACGGAAGACAUUGACACCAUUCGGGUUCCGGGAGGGUUCCGCAGAGAUUAUCUACGAAGAGCAGCUGGAAGUCCACACCGUGGAAGUGCCCACGGGUCAAAUACAGGGACACCCCAUGGAUAUGGCGCACCUCAACUGCCGACUACUAGCUUCCUAGAGUUCUUGACUCUCUAUGGUCACUUUGCCGGAGAAGAAUUAGAGGAAGAUGACGAAGUAUUAGGGCCGGAUGAGUACUUCUCAUCUGAUGCCUGGGACGAGCCAGAGGGCAGAGAAUCUGGAGAAGACGCAGCGCUAUUGCAACCUGAAACACCGGGUCUGAAGAAGAGAAAGCACAAGCAGCGCUCACCGGCAGGGACAACUACUGCAACAGGUGCUGUACUCUUACUGCUCAAAUCUUUUGUGGGUACUGGUAUUUUGUUCCUGCCUCGGGCCUUCUUGAAUGGUGGUAUGCUCUUCAGUAGCAUGGUGCUACUGGGAGUGUCCAUUCUAAGCUAUUAUGCCUUCAUUCUUUUGGUCAAUACCCGCGUGAAGAUCGAAGGAUCCUUCGGUGACAUCGGUGGCAUUCUAUAUGGCAAGCACAUGCGACGUAUCAUUUUGGGAUCAAUUGUCCUGAGUCAGAUGGGCUUCGUGGCAGCAUACAUUGUCUUUGUCUCGCAAAAUUUGCAGGCAUUCGUGCUAGCUGUGAGCAAGUGUGUGACAUUCAUUGACAUCAAGUACAUGGUUUUGUUGCAGCUGAUCAUCUUCCUGCCUCUGUCUUUGAUUCGGGACAUCAGCAAACUUGGGUUUACAGCCUUGAUUGCUGAUGUCUUCAUUCUUUUGGGUCUACUAUAUAUCUACUACUACGAUAUCAGCACCCUGGUUGACCAGGGCGGCAUUUCAGACGUCGUUUCCUUCAACCCGGCCACUUGGUCUAUGUUUAUCGGUACCGCCAUCUUCACCUACGAAGGUAUCGGUCUCAUCAUCCCGAUUCAAGAAUCGAUGAAGCAGCCAAACCGGUUCCCUGGUGUCCUGGCCGGUGUCAUGGUUGUAAUCACCUUUAUCUUCCUGUCCGCCGGUGCAUUGAGUUACGCGGCUUACGGGUCGGCUACAAAGACUGUCAUCCUUCUCAACCUCCCCCAGGAUGAUAAGUUUGUCAACGUGGUUCAGUUCCUAUACUCGCUUGCCAUCCUACUGAGCACUCCGUUGCAGCUCUUCCCCGCUAUCCGCAUUAUGGAGAAUGAGCUUUUCACUCGCAGUGGCAAGUACAACCCAUAUAUCAAGUGGAAGAAGAACGGCUUCCGUUUCUUCCUCGUUAUGGUCUGUGCCCUUAUCGCCUGGUGUGGUGCAAAUGAUCUAGACAAGUUCGUUUCCCUGGUCGGAAGCUUUGCUUGUGUUCCAUUGAUCUACGUAUACCCGCCCCUCCUGCACCUGCGUGCUUGUGCUCGCUCCAAACGCCAGGCAAUUGCGGACGUAACUCUUGCUGUCUUCGGCGUCAUUUGCUGCGUCUAUACGACAUACCUGACCCUCAUGAGCUGGAUGGGCCCUGAAAUCCCUCAAAGCCCAGGAUAUUGUGACUCUCACUGA